GCCUAUGAGAGAGAUCACUUCACCAUGAACACACAGGACAGCUACAGCUUCUUUAUUUGGCUUUUCCUACAUCUGCUCACAGUGGGUGAAUGCGCUGAUAGGAAAGUCCACGGUUUUGCAGGGAACAAUGUGGUCCUACCCUGCAGAUACGACGCACACUAUUACAAGCAGCUGCACAUGUGCUGGGGGAGAGGAGAGAUACCAACGAGCGGCUGCAACAAUGAAAUCAUUUCAACCGACGGACUGAAAGUGACAAACAGAGUAUCCCAUAGGUACCAACUACUCGGAGACCUGCAGGCGGGGGACAUCUCUCUGACCAUCCUCAGCGCUAAGGAGACAGACUCGGGGAUAUACGGCUGUCGUGUGCACAUACCAGGAUGGUUUAAUGACCAGAAGGAAACGGUUCGAUUGGUCAUUGAAAAAAGACCAGAGCCAACAACGAAGACACCAGUGCUACCAUCCAACUCAACUGACCAAGUACCUACAGGCCCGUGGACCCCGCGCAAUCACACAGAGGGCACUGCGGUUGCUAACUGUACAGAAAGUUCUGAAAGCUUAACACCAAAAAACAAAGAAGUGGCUCGGCAGCAAGGCCCGAACAUGGCAGUGGUGUUGCCUGUACUGCUGAUACUGCUAAUAGUCAUUACUGCACUUCUGCUCCUGAUGAGGAAACGAUGGAAGAAGGACCGAGAGGUGCUUGGAAUAUCACAGUGGAAUGAUGACACCGUUCUCUACAUGAACACUGAAUCCGGCCUGGGCCUGGACACCAGAGACAUAGCCCAGGAGAAUAUUUAUCAGCUGGAUAGCAGAGAGGACUAUGAAACAUGCCCUUGAUGUCUGGAAGAGGGCACCCCCG